UUUCACAUAUUUUAUGUGACGCUGGGAGGAUAUGCAUCGGGUGCUAUUUAGUUCGUCGAUCCAAUUCACUAUUGUCGUCUUCGUCUCAAUCUUCAUCUCCAUCUCCAUCUUCGUCCAUCCCCCACAACGACGAUUGAUUGAUUGAUCGCCGUCACUCUCUCUCUCUCUCUCUCUCCGCCAUUAAUCUUGCUCGAGAUAUUUUCCCCGUUUCUUCUCUUCCCGUUCCAGCCGCAGGAACCGACACCCGGCGAUGUUGCUCUCCCCGAGCUUCUGAGCUCGUCCGAGACACGUGUGAAACGAAGUAUCGGAGCUCAAAACUCAACUCUUUCCAGCUGAUCGUCGCAAUCGGUUUUGUUCGCCGUGCUAUCUCAGCUUACUCCGAGCUGGUUUCGAUUCCGAGGGAAUUGUUUUCACCAUUCUCGAGAUUCUAUGGGAUUGGCCUCACACAGCGCACGAGAAUCGCGCGGGAAAUCGGGUAAAUCUGUGGAGGAAUUCGAUAAGCAGAGGUCAUGGAAUCACUGCUGGCCCUGAUUGAGCAGUCCUUCAACGGCCGCUACUCCCGCCAUGUGACGGAAGCUCUCGACGAGCUGCCCGACAGCUUCACCAUAACCGAUCCCAGCAUCUGCGGCCACCCCAUCGUCUUCGCCAGUAGAGGGUUCCUGAAGAUGUGCGGUUACUCCAAGGAGGAAGUGAUUGGGCAGAACGGCAGGAUCUUUCAGGGGCCAGGGACUAACCGGAGGUCCGUCAUGGAAAUCCGCGAGGCCAUUAGGGAGGAGCGGACGGUUCAGCUCAAUCUGCUCAAUUAUCGCAAGGACGGGACCCCGUUCUGGAUGUUGUUCCAUAUGAACCCUGUGUUCAGCAAGGAAGACGGCAGGGUGAUCCAUUUCGUGGCCGUUCAGGUGCCGUUGUCUGGGAGGAGGAGCAGGCGGUCGUCAGCGAAUUUCUCCGAGGAUAUCAUGUUCGGGUCUUGUAGGAGGGAGGUCUGCUCGGACAGUUUUCUGGAAGUGGAUCGUGUUCUGGAGUUUAAUUCGGUUCCGGACUCGGAUAGUGCAGGCGUAGAGAUCGAUGAGCCCUGCGAGGCGAGUGAAUUGGAUAAAGGAAGGGUCGCUUCCGCCAUUAACAGCAUCAUGUCUAUCUUAACUCACUAUAGUGAGUCGACUGGUAGAUUGGUUUGUGGAAAGAAACGCAGCUGUUAUGGGACCAGCGUUCUGGGUUCAUCCAUAACUAUAUCUCUUGGUAGAAUCAAACAAAGCUUUGUAUUGGCUGAUAUGCACUUGCCAGACUUGCCGAUAGUUUACGCAAGUGAUGCCUUCUUGAAAUUGACAGGUUAUUCUAGACACGAAGUGUUAGGUCGCAAUUGCAGAUUUCUCAGUGGGAUGGUUACAGACCCCUCAACUCUCUUAUAUAUAAAGGAAAGCAUUCGUGCCGAAAGGCCCUGCACAGUACGUAUUUUGAAUUACAGGAAGGAUGGUAGUACGUUUUGGAAUCUUCUUCACAUUUCACCUGUUCGCGAUGCUUCCGGCAAGAAUGCGUACUUUGUGGGCGUUCAGAUCGAAGAAGGUAGCUGCAGGAAUCAGGAUGGAGACGGGCUGAGCGUCGAGAUGAGGCAGCGGAGCACCGUGGGUGCAGUUCGCGUUGCACUGAGGACUCUGUCGAUGAGCGCUGGGUCUUCCAGGUCAGGGUAACCUCGUGGGACUCCCGCCGCUCUUCGACCACACUCUCAAAGUAUAUUGUCUCGCUUCCACGGGUUCGUUAUGAGUUCAGAAUUAGGUAGAACUUUACAUAAUGUGGUCUGUUAUACGCAAAGAUGUUGGAUACACAUUAUCAAUUACAUUCCCAAGUGUUCAGUUCUCCAUUGAA